AUGCCAAAUUUAAAAAAUGCACCACACCUGCAAGCUUUAGUUCUACUGUUCAUUGCCAUGAUCAGUAUGCAAAGCAGUGGCGCAUUAGCAAAAACAUUAUUUGAUCAAUUUCCAGUCCUUACCAUUUCCGCUAUGCGGUUAUUGCUCGGCUCAUUGAUUUUGGCCGUGAUUUUUAAAAUUUGGCAGGUCAAUUUUAAACAGGUGAAAUGGUCAUCCAUCAUCAGUUAUGGUAUUGCCCUUGCAGGAAUGAAUGCUUUAUUUUACUUAUCAAUUCAUCGUAUUCCACUCGGCAUUGCCGUAGCGUUUGAAUUUAUUGGACCGCUCAGUGUGGCCCUGUUUCAUGCACGGCAAAAAUUCGAUUUUAUUUGGGUCGGACUUGCGAUACUUGGACUAGUUUUACUGUUUCCAUUUGAUCAGGCAAAGCAAAGCCUCGAUCCUAUUGGCAUUGCCUUUGCCUUAGCUGCUGGCGCUUGCUGGGCGCUGUAUAUUAUUGCAGGUCAACGACCUUCAGGGGUUUCUGGAAACCAUACUGUAUGCUUGGGGAUGUUUGUAGGCAUGUUGUGUUUAAUGCCAAUCGCCUUAUUUUCUGGGAUGCCUUUACAGGGCCUUUUCCAGCUGAAUCAAAACCUGAAUAUUUACUUGGAACAACUUCCCAAUUCCCAUUGGGCUCAGUGGUCCCAUUUAAAGGAUCCUCAAUCAAACUUACAGACAAUCGGGAAACUCAAGCCUUGA